AUGGAAAAGCUGGUUUUCAUAUACCAAAUACUUCAAAACAUUGAUUCCACUUCCACUUCCAAUUCUCCAGCCUUAGUUCCAACGCACCAAAUGGGGCAUAGGAAUGGGUUAGCUAUUGUUGGUAGGAAAUCUUGGUUUGCGACGACAGUUGGUAUUCUGGGACAAAAUGAAGUUGAGCAAGAAGAAAUCAUUAGAAGAAGGCCUCCAAUACAAACAAGGUUGACACUCAAGGAAAUUCGACAAAUGGAAUACCUUUCUAAGGUGAUUGAUGAAACUAUGCGUUUGGUUACAUUCUCAUUGACUGUCUUCAGAGAGGCAAAAUCAGAUGUGAAUAUCAAUAUCUACCUUGUUCCGAAAGGAUGGAGAGCCCUUGCUUGGUUCAGGACUAUUCAUUAUGAUCCUAAGAUAUAUCCGAAUCCUAUGGAAUUCAAUCCUUCAAGAUGGGAUAAUUUUAUACCAAAAGCUACGGAGUUUAUGCCAUUCGGAGUAAGAGGUAGAUCGUGUCCCGGAAAUGAGCUUGCAAAGUUAGAAAUUAUUGUGUUUCUUCAUCACUUUAUUCUCAAUUAUCGGCUUGAACAAUUGAAUCCGAAGAGCCCUGUGAUGUACCUUCCACAACAUACAAGGCCCGUUGAUAACUGCAUGGCUAGGGUUCAUAAAAUUUCCAAAGCAUGA